CGGUUACCUUCGAGCUCAUUUGUGGCCUUCGCCCUGCACAGCUGCUGCUUUAGAGACACUUCAUGCGUGUGGUUUGUGAAAUACAGCCGCAGGACACGAACAGCUGCAGACAGAGCUCUGUGUGUGCAGAGAACAGCAGGUGUGUGAGAGUCUGCAGCUGCACUGGCAGAGCGAGAGCUGUGACUAAAACAGAGAAAGCACUGAAACUGACCUCAAGACUGACCAUUUGUGGGCAGGCCCUUCAUCGUCAGCACACCUAAAGUAUGGGUGAAUUUCGGCCGUGACAUCAAGAUCAUGCCCACUGGACCCAGCCUGUCCCAGGGCAUUGCGGGUAGACUGUAGCUGCUGCCCCAGCUUUGCCAGUAUGGAUUCAGCAGAAUUUGCAGCGCUCGAGUCGGAAAUCUACCGAGGCCUGCAGGCCAUUCUGAGGGAGCUUGACUCUCUGCAGCCUGUGAUCAACAAAGGAAUGCUGAGAUGGACCUUACAUAAGAAGGUGCAGUCUGAUCCUGUGAGGAAUCUGGCCUUGGUCAGAGUGGCUGUGAAGGAGCUGGAGAGAGCUGAGAGAGUCGACCUGAAGACCCACAUCAUCCCACUAUUACACACCCUCAUCUAUGCCGUCAUCCAGGCUGCGUAUAUUCCUGAUGAUCUGUAUAAGCGUAUUUAUAAUGCAUGUAAGAGGCUGUUGACUCUGCCUCAGCCAUUCUGCACUGUGGGGUUGAGCUACACGCGACUACUAAAGACGGAGCGGACUUUGCCAGGGCUGCUGUAUCAGAGGAUGUUAGUGUCUGAGCACAACCUGAGGAAUGAACAUUAUCCUCUACAAGAGUGGGUGUUUGUGUUUGCGGACCCGGUCGUGUUCUCCGAGUCUCUGGGCUUGGUUCUGAGGGCUGAUAUUGAAACUGCAGGGCAGACGGAGACUCAUCUGAGUCUGAUGCAGAAGGUGGUACAGCGCUCCCUACAGGCUGCUCUGGGAGAGGAACACUGCCACGGCCCCACGCUCGCCCAGGCCCUGCAGGAGCUGGAGGAUGUGGAGUGUUAUUUCGGGGAGGUGUUGGCGGCUGUAGAACAGAGCGCUGCAGACUGUAAGAAUGAAGACAGUCAGAAUCACCUGAUCAAAAAACUACAACAGCUCUACACUCAGGUGCUGCUCAGCACUGGGAAAGAUCCAUUGUCCCGCGGCUCGCUGGCCGACGUUCCGCUUCCCUGUCCGGACAUGAGCUUCCACAUGUGGUGGGAGGAGGAAGAGCUCUGGAGAGAGCUCACCAAGUUCAUCCGCUCCAGCUCCUUCUCGGACAGUUUCUCUCUCUCCCCGGACGAUUUUGACCUCCCCGACCUGGCGACGGAUCUGGACUCAGAGAUGCCACGUCACUCCAUCAUGUCCACGGACAGCGGGAUUGAGCGGGACAUGCAGCCGGCUGAGAGCUCGGACACAGAGUGGGGUGGAGGGAGGAGCGUGAGAGCGGAUGCAGGGCAAGUCCGUCUGUCCAGGCGUGGAGGGAUGAAGGUGAAGCCCUCGGUGACGGACAGCAUGGCUCUGAUGCAGGACGCUCUGGAGGACACAGCGGGCAGCAGGAGGACGCUGCAGAGGAAAGCCGGUCAGAGUAACACGCUCCUCCAGCAGCAGCGCCACUUCACUGCAAACAUUGUGGUGAUGGGGGAUGACCGCGUCGUAGGACGACUUGCUAGAGCCUACUACUGGCUGAGAAAAAGAGAAGCGCGGAGGCUAUUUCUAACCAAGAAGGUCAACAUCAAGAUGUUCUACAUCCCUGUAACCACGCAGCCCUCCAACCCAGCCACGGACGUGCUGAACUCUAACCCGUGUGUGCUGGGGUCGUAUCUGGGGAUGGUGGAUCCAUGGUACGAGUGUAACAUCAGCAGCCUGGGCCUCAUGAUCCCAAAACUCGCCGCAACGUGUGACCUAAGCAGGCCGCAUGAGCCCAACCCUUUUCUGGCUGAUGUAAUUUCCUACUAUGUGAGGAUGGGGCAGCAGCCGGUCUACUUCGCCAUCUACUAUGUAAAAAUCGUGUUUUCCAACCUGACCAAAGAGCCGGUGGAAGAAGUCUUCCUUUCUCGCCUCGAUAUCGAUUUCCCAGAGUUUAAAAUGCAUCACAGGACGGUUAAAGAAAUGUCCAUGAGACAGAAGAAGGCUCCAGUGGAGCUGUGUGGCGCUCUCAUCUCCCUCAACUACACGAAGGUGUCGCUAAGCAACAGAGAAGCAGAAAAAGGUCUUUCUCUGCGGACCACCGGAGUUCAGAUUUCAGCGAUACCCACCAACAGAACGGAAGAUCUGAACUGUCUGACGGUGGAACUGAGCAACACGAAGACCAAGUGCAGCUCGGGUUCUAAGAUCAGAACAUGCAGCCUGAGGUUAAAGACUCCAGAGAGGACGGGCUUCAGCGUGUGCCUGGACAAAGACCUGCGCAGAACCUUCCGGGAUGUUCAGAGCAUUGAGAUCGAGCCGUGUAAAGAUCCUGGAUACUACAUUCAGAAGUCAGUGAUGUCCAAGUUCACGUCAGAGGAGGACGUGGACACAGGACUGAGCAAGCUCAUGAACCGAGGGCUCCCUCUCCCCAUCAACACCUUUGCAGGCAUCAUCCCCUGACCCGAGCGACUGGACUUUGGUGGACCUUUAGCUGACCGGUGCCAUGUUCACGCUGCAUUAGUUACCUGGACUUAAAGGGAGCUCAGACACUGCAGUGUGUUCGGUGUACUCUACCUAUCGGAUAGUUAGAGUACACCGAACCACAUCAGAUAGGUAGAGUACUCUACCACACGGCUGGUGUGCGGAUUAUUCACAACCCGCACACACACUCAUCCCUUUGCCUCUCGAAGAAGAUGUUUAAGUUGGAGUUCUAACACUAAAACAGUUUCACUGAGUCUCAGAUGGGAUUAAAACGCGAUCUGUGUCGUCUUUCUUACAGAUUACUGACAUUA